UAGUGGGCAUUAUGAUCAUCAAGUGCGGUGACGAAAUAUAAAAUUUUGUUUACAACUUCUCAUUCAACGAUCAUCUCACUCUCUGCCAUUCAAAACUCGAGUUUCCUAUUCAUUUUAUGCUUGCGACAAGAGGUGCGUAGUGCCCCGGAGGCCUAGAGUACUAAGACAUCCUAGCUUGGUCGGAGAACUGGUAAAAGAUACAAAGAGCUUUAUUUAUCUUCUCUCAAAUUUGAAUCCCAUCAAGUACACAUUACUUUUGGAAGUAUCAGAAGAGCUCUAACGCCCUAGCAGAAAAAUGUGUACUCCGCAAGGCAUAAUUGAGCAUUUGGGAUGUAUGGUCUUUGAUGAAGCCGUCAAAGCAGUGACUAAAGCAGGAAAAUAUGUUUGUCAUUACAGGACAAACUUGGACAAUUUGCAAAGGGAAAUGACAUUUCUUGAAGAUCGUAGGAAAAUAAUCGAAAGAGAAGCCAAUGAGGCCAUUGGUCGCGGUGAAGUGAUUGAGGAGGAUGUUGCACACUGGCGAACGGACACGAACACGAUGAAAAUUUACGUUUACCUUAUGAGGCAAAGUACAUGCUCAAGUCUUAACAUCAAGUGGCGGUACCGAUUGAGCAAACAAGCAGAAGAGAACAUAGAGGCUGUUAAGAAACUCGCUCAGGGAAGCCAUUUUGAUAAAAUUUCACACCCUAAGCCGCCGCCUCCAGAACUUGAAUUUCCAUCUGCCGAGAAUUAUAUUCACCUGGAUUCUCGGACGCCAAUUCUUGAGGAUAUUGUGGGUGCAUUAAGAGAUCCCAAUGUUGAAAUGAUUGGCGUGCAUGGGCUAGGAGGAGUCGGUAAGACCACAUUAGUCGAGAAGGUCGCCAAAAAAUUGCUAGAUGCUGGAACUUUUAAGCAAGUCCCGCUAGUAGCUGUCUCCAAGGAUCACAAUGUGAAGGACAUACAAAAAAAACUGGCUGACAAAUUGAAUUUUACAUUGGAUGCCAGGAAGGAUGAAAACGGAAGAGCGAUUGAGUUGUGGAAUAAAUUCAAGAAUGGCGAGAAAUAUCUAGUAAUAUUGGAUGAUAUUUGGGAAAAGGUGGACCUGAAGGCAAUAGGUAUUCCUGUCAUGGAAGGACAUAUAGGGUGUAAAGUUGUGCUAACGUCUCGAAAGGAAGAUUUGUUAAGAAUCACAAUGAAAGUCGAUAGAAAUUUUCCAAUUGCAGUGCUACCGGAGGAAGAAGGAUGGAACCUGUUCAAGAAGAAGGUGGGAAAUACUAUCGAGUCUCGGCCAGAAAUAGAUUCCCUAGCACGCGAAGUGUGUAGAAAAUGCAAAGGAUUGCCGGUCGCCAUAAAUGCUCUUGGAGCCGCGUUGGAAGAUAGGCCAUACCACACGUGGAAGAAUGCUUUGGAUAAGCUAGAGAGGCACAUGCUCACACAUAUUGAAGGUAUUGACCCAAGUGUUUGGGCCUCCUUAUGGGUGAGCUUCGAUAUGUUACAGUCCUCAGAUGCGCAAUCUUGUUUCUUGCUCUGUUGUUUAUUUGCUGAGGAUGCUGAGAUUCCGAUUGACGAGUUAAUGAGACACUGCAUGGCAAGGAGUUUGCUUGCUCAAAACCCUCGUACAUUUGAUGAAGCAAGAACUGCCAUGUGUACAGUGGUUGAUGUCCUCAAAUCAGCUUCUUUGUUGUCAACUGGCGAUCAUGAAACUGUUGUCAAAAUUCAUGAUGUCAUUAGAGAUGUUGGUAUCUCAAUUGCACGUGAGAAAGAAGCAUUUCUGGUAGAUCAUGGUGCCCUUCGAUUGCCACAGAAUCCCACAAAUGGACCAUCCUACAAAGCAAUGUCAUUAAGUUUCAAAAGUAUUAAAGGGCUUUCAGAUGGGUUGGUAUAUCCAGAACUCCACACCUUAAUGGUUGCUAAUAGCGAACUUUCGGAUCUUGAGUUUCCAGACAACUUUUUCAAUGGGAUGAUGCAACUUAAAGUGUUAACUAUUACUGGAAUCCGUAUGCGGCGACUCCCGUCAUCACUUGCAAAAUUGAAAAACCUUCGGAUGCUAUAUCUGAAUGAAUGCAAGUUGGAUGAUAUUGCUGUACUUGAGGACUUGAAGAGUAACCUUGAAGUGCUUGAAGUGCUUAGUCUUAAAGGUUCUAAUAUCGAGGCGUUGCCACCAGAGAUCGGACAAUUGACUAGUCUACGGGUGUUAGAUUUCCAAGAUUGUGACAAACUCAUGGUGAUUCCACGAGGGGUCAUAUCCAAUUUGACUGGCCUGGAGGAAUUAUACUUUCCAAUGACAUUUGACAAAUGGGAGGCCACAACAGACGAGCAACAAGACACCAGCAGCAGAGACAAUGUGAGCCUCGAGGAGCUAAGAGAGUCAUUGGCUAAUGCUCAAUUAACCACUUUACAUAUCCAUGUACCUAAUGUCGAGCUACUACCCAAGGAGGAUCUAAAAUUGGCGGACCUAAAGGGAUUUAGGAUAUCAGUGGGUUCAGAAUUCGAUUAUUUUGAAGCAUUAAUUUCUCGAACAUGCAUGUUGAAACUAGAAGGGAUUCAAUUAAGAAAUAAAUUCAUCCCUUUGGUGGACAAAGCUGAAGUGCUAAUCCUCAAGUUAGAAUCGUCCGUGCAUCCGUUACAGUUGUUCAAUAAGCUAACUGUGUUAAGUAUUGAACAAUUUAAGUUAAAGUAUCUCUUCUCCCCGACCACCGCUAGAGGACUUGUCCACCUGGAAGUACUAAAAGUAACCUCCUGUGAGAUCAUAGAGGGAAUAGUUGGAUUUGAAAGGCAAAAAGAUGAAAAUGAAAUCACAGGUGAGGUGAAGUUUAGUAAACUAAAGCAACUGAAAUUGACAAGUCUUCCGAACCUCAUAAGCUUUUUUGCCGAAAAGGAGGAGAUGGGAACAACCAUGGGAAGCUUUUCUGCUCGUGCCCAACCUCUUUUCAAUGAACAGGUUAUUUUCCCUGCUUUGGAGGAAUUGACUAUUGAUGAGCUGGGUAACAUAAUAAAGAUUUGGGACAAGCAAUCAAUAGCUGUUUUGGAAGAACAAGGGUCUUUCUGCCAAGUGAAGUCCGUCGAUGUCAGAAGAUGCGCGAAACUGAUGCAUGUGUUUCCAUCCAAUAUGCAUCCACAGUUAAAGAAUCUAGAAAGGCUUGAAGUAUAUAGGUGUGAAACCCUGAAGGGAAUAGCUGAAUUUGAGGGAGAAAUAGAUGAAGAUGGACUUAGAAAUGAGGUUACUUCCCCUGCCCAAGAACAUUUAGAGAUGGUUAGGAUAACAGAGAUUCAGGACAAGCAACCACUCCCAGAACCCAAAAAAGAAGUUGAAUCCUUGUGCAAACUUACGGACAUUUGUAUUAACAAGUGUGACCAAUUGUUGUAUGUAUUUCCCUCCCAUAUGCUUCCUUUAAAUCUGGAAGAACUCGAGAUAGAAGACUGUGACGAGUUGGAGGUGAUAUUCUCAAAGGACCCGAAGGAGGAGAAAGAAGCAAUCAACGAUGACAUCAUUGUGUUCCCUCGCUUAAAGAAAGUGAGACUUUGGAAAUUGCCUAAGCUCAAAAGUUUCUAUACUGAAACGCAAGGCUUCUUCUCCCACAAGGUUAUUUGCCCUGUCUUGGAGUGUUUGAUCAUUAAUGGACUGGGUAACAUAAUAAAGAUUUGGGAAAAGCAAUCAAUUGCAGUGUUGGAAGAACAAGAGUCUUUCUGCAAACUGGAAGAUUUGCAAGUCACAAGCUGCAGUAAACUGAUGCAUGUGUUUCCGUCCAAUAUGCAUCCACUGUUAAAGAAUCUAAAAACCCUACAAGUGAACUCCUGUGAAACCAUGAAGGGAAUAGCUGAAUUUGAGCGAGAAAUAGAUGAAGAUGGACUUAGAAAUGAGGUUGCUUCCUCUGCCCGAGAACAUUUAGAAAUGGUUGGGGUAACAGAGAUUUAUAUUAUGAAGUGUGACCAAUUAUUGUAUGUAUUCCCCUCCCAUAUGCUUACUCAGAAUCUGCAAGGCCUCCGGAUAGAAAACUGUGACGAGUUGGAGGUCAUAUUCUCAAAGGACCCGAAGGAGGAGAAAGAAGCAAUCAACGAUGACAUCAUUGUGUUCCCUCGGUUAAAGCAUGUGUCACUUCUCGAAUUGCCUAAGCUCAAAAGUUUCUAUACUGAAACGCAAGGCUUCUUCUCCCACAAGGUUGCUUUUCCUGUUCUGGAAACUUUAAAUUUUUGGAAUUUAUCUAAGAUAACAAGGAUUUGGGACGAGCAACCACUUUCAGAACCAGAAAAAGAAGCUAAAUCCUUCUUCAAACUUACGAACCUUUCUGUUGUUGGUUGUGAGGACUUGGAGUAUGUAUUGCCCUUGUAUAUGCUUCGUCAAUUAAUGAUUCUGCAAAGUCUCACCAUAACUGGUUGUACGAAGAUGGAGGUGAUAAUCUCAAACAACCUGAAGGAGAAAGAAGCCACCAACAACAAUCAUACCAUUCGGUUCCCUCAGUUAAAGACCCUGGAACUCGAGGAUUUGCCUAAUCUCAAAAGUUUCAUAUGUGGUGAAACGCGACUCUUCUUCUCCGACAAGGUUAUUUUCCCCGUGUUGAACAAAUUGAGCAUUCGAAAGAUGCAUAAAAUAAUUGAGAUUUGGGACAAGCAAUCAAUAGCAGUCUUAGAAGAACACGGGUCUUUCUGCCAACUGACGAAUUUGGAUGUCUCCAAAUGCGAGAAACUGAUGCAUGUGUUUCCUUCCAAAAUGCAUUCACCGUUAAAGAAUCUGAAAGUUCUAUGCGUGAGUGAUUGUCCAACCAUGGAGGGAAUAGUUGAAUUUGAGGGAGAGAUAGAUGAAGAUGGACUCAGAAAUGAGGUAUGUUUUAGCAAAUUGAGUUCCUUGAAAUUGUCCAGUCUACCCAACCUUGAAAGCUUCUGUACCAAAUUGGGGAAGGCAGGCACAACUGAAGGCAACUGUACUAUCCAUGCACUACCUUUAUUCAACGGAAAGGUUGCUUUUCCUGUUCUGGAAACUUUAAAUUUUUGGAAUUUAUCUAAGAUAACAAGGAUUUGGGACGAGCAACCACUUUCAGAACCAGAAAAAGAAGCUAAAUCCUUCUUCAAACUUACGAACCUUUCUGUUGUUGGUUGUGAGGACUUGGAGUAUGUAUUGCCCUUGUAUAUGCUUCGUCAAUUAAUGAUUCUGCAAAGUCUCACCAUAACUGGUUGUACGAAGAUGGAGGUGAUAAUCUCAAACAACCUGAAGGAGAAAGAAGCCACCAACAACAAUCAUACCAUUCGGUUCCCUCAGUUAAAGACCCUGGAACUCGAGGAUUUGCCUAAUCUCAAAAGUUUCAUAUGUGGUGAAACGCGACUCUUCUUCUCCGACAAGGUUAUUUUCCCCGUGUUGAACAAAUUGAGCAUUCGAAAGAUGCAUAAAAUAAUUGAGAUUUGGGACAAGCAAUCAAUAGCAGUCUUAGAAGAACACGGGUCUUUCUGCCAACUGACGAAUUUGGAUGUCUCCAAAUGCGAGAAACUGAUGCAUGUGUUUCCUUCCAAAAUGCAUUCACCGUUAAAGAAUCUGAAAGUUCUAUGCGUGAGUGAUUGUCCAACCAUGGAGGGAAUAGUUGAAUUUGAGGGAGAGAUAGAUGAAGAUGGACUCAGAAAUGAGGUAUGUUUUAGCAAAUUGAGUUCCUUGAAAUUGUCCAGUCUACCCAACCUUGAAAGCUUCUGUACCAAAUUGGGGAAGGCAGGCACAACUGAAGGCAACUGUACUAUCCAUGCACUACCUUUAUUCAACGGAAAGGUUGCUUUUCCUGUUCUGGAAACUUUAAAUUUUUGGAAUUUAUCUAAGAUAACAAGGAUUUGGGACGAGCAACCACUUUCAGAACCAGAAAAAGAAGCUAAAUCCUUCUUCAAACUUACGAACCUUUCUGUUGUUGGUUGUGAGGACUUGGAGUAUGUAUUGCCCUUGUAUAUGCUUCGUCAAUUAAUGAUUCUGCAAAGUCUCACCAUAACUGGUUGUACGAAGAUGGAGGUGAUAAUCUCAAACAACCUGAAGGAGAAAGAAGCCACCAACAACAAUCAUACCAUUCGGUUCCCUCAGUUAAAGACCCUGGAACUCGAGGAUUUGCCUAAUCUCAAAAGUUUCAUAUGUGGUGAAACGCGACUCUUCUUCUCCGACAAGGUUAUUUUCCCCGUGUUGAACAAAUUGAGCAUUCGAAAGAUGCAUAAAAUAAUUGAGAUUUGGGACAAGCAAUCAAUAGCAGUCUUAGAAGAACACGGGUCUUUCUGCCAACUGACGAAUUUGGAUGUCUCCAAAUGCGAGAAACUGAUGCAUGUGUUUCCUUCCAAAAUGCAUUCACCGUUAAAGAAUCUGAAAGUUCUAUGCGUGAGUGAUUGUCCAACCAUGGAGGAAAUAGUUGAAUUUGAGGGAGAGAUAGAUGAAGAUGGACUCAGAAAUGAGGUAUGUUUUAGCAAAUUGAGUUCCUUGAAAUUGUCCAGUCUACCCAACCUUGAAAGCUUCUGUACCAAAUUGGGGAAGGCAGGCACAACUGAAGGCAACUGUACUAUCCAUGCACUACCUUUAUUCAACGGAAAGGUUGCUUUUCCUGUCCUGGAAAGUUUGGAUUUCAGGAAUUUAUCGAAGAUAACAAGGAUUUGGGACGAGCAACCACUUUCAGAACAAGAAAAAGAAGCUAAAUCCUUCUGCAAACUUAUGGAGAUUAAAGUAGAGGAUUGUGACCAAUUGGAGUAUGUAUUGCCCUUGUAUAUGCUUCCUCAGUUAAAGAAUCUGCAAAGACUCGACAUAUGGGAUUGUUGGAAGAUGGAGGUGAUAAUCUCAACCAAUCCAAAGCAGAAAGAAGCCACCAACAACAAUGAUACCAUUCGGUUCCCUCGGUUAGAGAAAGUGUCGUUUUGGGGCAUGCCUAAUCUCAAAAGUUUCAUAUGUUGUGAAACACAACUCUUCUUCUCCAACAAGGAUGCAUUCCCAGUGUUGGAGGAAAUAGAUCUCGAUGAAGAUUCAGAGAUUUUGGAGAACAACAAAAUGGCAGACACUUCUGCUGCUCAAGCUAGGAAAGGCAAAGAUAUCCAAGGAAUUCCUUGGGAGAGGCUUAAUAUCACAAGGGAAAAGUAUAGGCAAACUAGGCUAGAACAGUACAAGAAUUAUGAGGGCAUCCCUCAAUCUGGCAAGCGGUCAGAGAAAGAUUGCAAAGUCACAAUGAAAGGGGGUAUGUAUUAUGAGUUCAGACGUAAUUCAAGAUCUGUGAAAUCAACGAUACCUCAUCACCAGUUGAGGAACUUGGUUUGGGCUACAUCAAAGCAUGAUAUUUACUUUAUGUCACAUUUUUCUGUUACUCAUUGGUCUGCAUUAACUUGUAACAAGACUGAGGUUCUUAAUGUUUCUGGUCAUGUCGCACCAUGUGAGAAACAUCCAGGAAGUCUACUAGAAGGAUUUACCCCGACUAAAGUUAGCACACUUGCAGUAAAAGAUAGGUUGCUUGUUGCUGGGGGGUUUAAGGGAGAACUCAUUUGCAAGAAUUUAGAUAGACCUGGAGUUUGCUUCUGCACAAGGACAACAUUCGAUGAUAACGCAAUUACUAAUGUAGUAGAGAUCUAUAGCACUCAGAGUGGUGCAGUUCAUUUCACAGCUGCCAACAAUGAUUGUGGUUUUAGAGACUUUGAUAUGGAAAAUUUUCAGCUUUCUAAACAUUUCAGCUUUCCUUGGCCAGUGAAUCACACUUCCUUGAGUCCUGACGGUAAACUUCGUAUAAUUGUUGGAGAUAACCCAGAGGGUAUGUUGGUGGACUCUGGAACUGGGAAGAUGGUCGCGUCUUUGGUUGGUCACUUGGAUUUCUCAUUUGCAUCAGCAUGGCACCCUGAUGGCCUCACCUUUGCUACUGGGAAUCAGGACAAAACCUGCCGGAUUUGGGAUGCCCGAAACCUAUCCAAGUCAGUGGCGGCUUUGAAGGGGAAUCUCGGAGCCAUAUAUUCGAUUCGCUACUCAUCUGACGGUUGUUUCAUGGCAAUGGCAGAGCCUGCCGAUUUCGUCCAUGUUUUCGAUGCCAAAAGUGGGUAUGAGAAGGAACAAGAGAUCGAUUUCUUUGGCGAGAUAUCUGGCAUGUCUUUCAGUCCUGACACGGAAUCGCUCUUUAUUGGAGUGUGUAACCCUACAGAAGGUGGCCUUCUUGGAGUGUGGGACCCUAGAUAUGGUCGUGGCCUUCUUGAGUUUGGCCGACGAAGGAAUAACUCAUGCCCUGAUUCUAUGAUCUGAGUGGGUGAUUGGACCUCUCUGCAAAUAAGUGUACAAAUAAAUAUGCAAAGGGGGGCUCUCUCAUUCUAUCAUCUCAAUUUGGCAUAAAAAUUAAUUAAUGUGUUGUGGGAUUUAGGUUGUUAGUGUUCUUUUAGUAGGAGUGUUCUAUUUGGAGUGAUCAUGAGUCGUCGGAGGCAGGGUUGUACCGAAGGCUGAGAAGCGUUGGUCAUGCGAAUGGAGAAACUUGAACUGGGACUGCUCAAAAUGUGUCAUUUCAUGUCCUGAUUUUGAGAUAUUGUAAUGGUUGCAUUUUUUUUUUUUGGAAAACUAUAUGUUUAUAUUUUGUAAUGGUAAAUCUUUUAUAAUGGUUUUUUUAUGAAA